AUGAAUGAACGGGGACAGGCUACGUCGUUUGACCAACCAUUCGAGCCUGGUCACUCAGAUCGCCUUACAGUACUGGAGCUAAACAAUGACGGUACAAAACUUCUUACAGCCUCCGUCGACCAUCGAAUUGCAGUUUAUGAGAUUGAUAGAGCUACUUCAAAGCGCAAACAGCUCGAUGUGUGGACAGCCCACGAUGCAGAGAUUAAAGAUGCAAAGUGGUUUCACACAAGUGUCGGCACAUAUUUCGUCACCAUCGCUAAUGACCUACAAAUGAGAAUAUGGACACAGGAUGUCUAUCAAGCACCGAUGUCUGGCCGACGAUUUAAGAGGAUAGCAGUGCUCAAGUCGGAACAACUGGUGCCAUUCUCAGGCAUUGACGUCAAAACUGUCGGCAAUAAUACUUACAUUGUGGUAACAGACCGUCAAGGACUGCUCACGCUGUACGAACCUACAAACCCUGACGAAUUCAAUGAAUGGACCGUGGUAGAUCAGUUUUACGUCUACACUCCAACUCCUUCCAGAGCAGACCACACCUCCUUUCGAGUGCAGUUCGAUCCUAAUCCUCUACCCCUACCAUAUCAGCUCUCUCUGGACGAUGACCAGGAUCAAAUCUCAAUUGCAGUCACGGCUAUGAAUGAUCUGAAAAUAUACAGAUCGUCAACGGACAUUCAUGCAAUCAACACUAUAAAGACCUCCCAGCAAUCACACAACGUGGGACGAGGAGCGUCGUAUCGAAUUGCCCUUUUCGAAGUACUCAAGCUUUCUCCCACAAAGACGCAAACACAGACUUCGGCCGGAACAUUGUUGCGAGACUUGGCUUGGUGUGCUGGCAACUUUCGAGGAACCGAUAACGUAGCUGUGGCGUGCAUCAACGGAACGAUCACGGUAUAUGAGGUUGCUGUUCGCUCGAAAGAGCUGCGUCAUACCCAGGAUGCCCCAAUAGCAACUUCGAAGCAAUAUCCACGUCCCGCAUUGCAAUCGCACCAGUCAAAUCUCACAUCUGCACUACAUCCCACAACGACCUCAUCCGACUCUACACAAAAAGCUCACUCACGAGAAGGUCAUCCUUUCCUAUACAGCCACUCCGUUGUGCCAUUGACUGUCCUUGUACAUGCCCAUGCAGAUGCCUGGUCUCUUUGCUGGGAUCCUAGUGGACAGACAUUACUCAGCGGCGGCAGUGAUGGGAUUGUCAAGAUGUGGAAGAGAGAUCUGACUGGUAGUGGUUUAGAAACUUUCGAGCUCUUUGCCGAGCAAGCUGGAGAGGAUACAAGCGACCAGGACAGCAUGAUCAGAAAAGGCAGCUUCGAGAUCAAUGCCAUCAUAGUUCCAUAUGGAACCAGCAAAAUCGCCAUAAUCUAUGGCGUAACGUUCACCUCGCUUGCGAGCAACCGCGAUUUUACUGGCGCUUCGGACGCGGUUUCAAGUUAUGGCCGAGCCUUCAGUGUCCUCCAGGAUGCGCAAGGGGACUCGGAGCUGCAUCGAGUGUGCGAGGAAAGGAAUCUGGUAUGUGUGCCACAAACGCGUACUUCAGUCUCAACGGUGGCAUCAAAACAGAGUUCGGGAGAUCGGCUCACGCACUUGGAAGCCGAGCUGCUACAUAUAAAGAGAGCUCUUCGUACAGUGGAAGCCAAACUUAACAUCAAUCACUCAAGCUUUCUGGAGCACACUCCACAGCCACCAAGCUCAGCUGGCACAUUGCAGGAGCCAUCUGGGAUCGACACUUCUGAAGACGACGAUACCUCUGAGAAGGAUGAGAUCUUGAUAGACGAUUCUAACUCGCGCAUGAGAAAUCUUUUUCAGAAUGAGUGGCUCAGCACAGAUGAUCCUUAUGCGACGCACCUUACUCGAACAAAGGCCAAGAAGAGUGGAGAUUACCUUCUGGUUAAGGCGCGAACAGCCUUGCAGACGCUGAUACCUUCUAUAGAAGAUGUCAGGAUACUUGCGGACCACGUCACGGUCUGGAGUGAGAUCGCAAGGGAAAUGUUCCCUCCUCUCUCGGAGAAUUUGGUUCCUAUAGCUCAAUCGAAGCAACAGAUCAUGUCUCAAUACACACAGAUCAGACAACCGGAUGCCGACACUUGGAUGUUAGCACAAUGGUUGCUGGCAUUGGCAAUGACUGCUCAGCAGAUGCCACAUGAAGAAGAGCAGUCUACUGAAUUGAUCAAAACUGUCGAGAGGCGUUAUGCCUUUGCCGAGAUGUUGACAAACGCGGUUGAGCAAACCUUGCUUUCACAUGAGAGUCUUCUAGGAACACCUCGAGGUCUCGAAACUGCAAUGCAGUUUCUUCGGCUGUAA